CCCGGCCCGCGUUCCCGCCCCGGGCCGGGCCUUGGCGGGCGGUGGACGGCCGGGCGGCGGCGGCGCCAUGCGGCUCCUGUUCCUGGCGGUGCUCCGGCGGCACACGGGCAACGCCAUCACGGCCCAGCGCGUCCGGGACCAUCUAGAAGCUGCGGGUCACGUGUGUAUUCUGAAAAAUGCCUUGGACUUUGAAAGCCCAUCCGAAAUCUCCAACUUCAUCAAGGCUGAGAGCUUGGAGGCAGCUAUGGCUCUUCAUCUAUAUAGAGGGGGUAGACUUUUGCCAGGUCAUGGAAUUCCUUUUGGAAUCAUCUUUGGUGGAACUGAUUUAAAUGAAGACGUUAAGCAGGGAGAAAAAAACAAAGUGAUGGGAAAAGUCCUAGAAGAAGCCAGAUUCGCUGUCGCUUUCACAGAGUCAAUGAAGGAAACGGCACAAAGGCAGUGGCCACAUGCCAAGGAUAAGAUCUAUGUCCAGAGUCAAGGAAUUGCAACAGUGCCGAACACCACAUUUAACUGGGACACCUUCCUUCAGCGUUCAGAGAUUAACCAGAGUGCUGACAAUCUACACGUGUUUCUCCUUAUCUGUGGACUCCGACAAGUGAAAGACCCUCUCUAUUUGGUGGAUGCAUUCUCGGAAUGGCAUCAAGAGGAGCCCAGCGUUUAUAUGGUUAUCGUUGGCCCUGAAGUUGAUCCAGUGUUCACAAGGGAAGUAAAAGCCAAAGUAAAGAGGACCCCUGGGGUACGAUUGAUCGGGGAGAUGGCUCGGGAAGACCUCCACGCGGUCGUGAAGAAUUGCUUCGCGGUGGUGAAUAGCUCUGUCUCUGAAGGCAUGUCAGCCGCAAUCCUGGAGGCAAUGGAUUUGGAAGUCCCUGUGUUGGCAAGGAACAUCCCUGGGAACGCGGCAGUGGUGAAGCACGAAGUUACAGGAUUGCUGUUUUCCGACCCUCAGGAGUUUGUUCUGCUGGCAAAGAGACUGGGGGGCGAUCCGGCGUUAGAAAAACAAAUCGUGGCCAACGGAAGGGAGUAUGUGAGAAUGUACCAUUCGUGGCAGGUGGAGAGAAACACCUAUGGGCACCUGGUCAGGAUGCUGGAGGGAAGCAGUGAGGACUAAGGGCGUGCCUGGUGCCGUGAGAUGCUCAGCCCUGGGCAGACAUGCAGGGACAGGGCUCUGGGCAGAGGGGCCAUCCAGUCGAAAUCAAGCCGGGUUCAUUGGAACCGUAGAUUUAUUUGUCAUAAGACGAUUCAUCCAGAACCUCUCUGUGCUUCCAGGUAACAGCCCAGAUGUGUUUCCCGAUCAGUCCUCAUGGAGAUGCAGUACUAAUUGGGGCAGGGUAACUGGUUUUAAGGGGCAUCAGGGAGAGAGUUUGAUUAGCUGCUUUAGGACUUCUAGGGACAGUAGGGGCUUAUUUGUAAGCCGUCACAGGGAAGGGUAGGCCCCUCUCCCCUGUCUUCUGAUGACCUGUAACCCAUCACCGUCUGUUCAAAGAGCAAAAGCAAAAAUCAGACGUGUUGGCUGAGAGGGUUACUGGCAGUGAUUAUAAUGUGGUACAGACCCUGAAGCCAAUCUGGGGCCCUGACAGAUGUGCGGCUGGGCCCCCAGGCUCUGCAGGUUUCCUUCUGUAAACACUGGAAACAGUGCUGUGCAUGAGUUGACCUAAUCAGUCAUGUAACUGAAAGAGCGGGGAGUGCUCUAAAGAAGCAGGCCAACCCCUGCGCCCCCCACAGGCUCCACCCGCCUCCUGGUUGAAUUUGGGUUGAAAACCAGUUGGAACAAAGCCCAUUAUCGCCCAUGGCCUGGAAAAUACUGGAGCCUGGCUCUUGGGGUUCAGCAUCAGGGACCCAGCAUCAGGGGUCAUCAAGGAUGAGUGUCGAUCUGGUCACCAGCCUCCAGCCCAUCGCAGAACCGGCACUCGGGUCCCCUUGACCUUAUCCAUCACGAGGCGAGUUUAACCAAGUGUCGUCACUGUAGGGACAUCCUGGCUGCACCGGUGCUGCAUUCCCCAAACCCUGUGCUUGUUUUCCUUGGGGGCGGCACCUGCCUCUGUUGGAUCCUGAAAUCCCUGCUUUCUCAUGUACGUUCCAUGACAACAGCUGGGGGCGAAAUGCUCCGUUUCUCGUGUGAGGUGAGGAAACAACCUGGUCCAGAAGGAGGAGAUGAAGGUGGCUCCGAGCCCGUCAGAAGAAGCGUUUCCUUAGUGUUUGUUUCAAUACCUGCAGGCCCUGGAGUGGGGAGGAGGGAUCCACAUCACCUUUGCCUCAGACUUCACGACAUCUUGGACUCUUUUCUUUCCAACCAUCCUAUUUUUGUGAACGACCAAACCUAUAUCUUGUUUUUAAAAGAGUAAGCCUCAGACCGAACGUCUUAAACUCUAAUGACUUGGGGAUAAGAACAGCACGUCCCUUCCUGAGUCGUUCUGCGCCUCAAUCUCAGAACAGGAUCCCUUCCCAAAGGCAGUUACCUGGAACCCGAAGAUGCUCCUAGCACCCAGGAUUUGCUGUCCUGCUAACAAUACCCCUCACAGUCCCCCCUUUUUUGGCAUCUGAGGGUCACUAGGGUCGGGGCUCCCCUGUGGCCAUAGCGAAGAGAGGGAGGGAGAAACAGAAUCCAAACUCCAGGUGGACAGCUCCGUCUGAGUCUGGAAUCAGCGAUGCCAGCCUAAGGAAAGGCCGCGUGCGUGUUGUCCCGGGUACCAGCCAUUGAUGCUGCUGUUGAUAAAAUGCUGGUGGUCAGGAAGCUCCACUCUCAUCCUGGUUGAAUGACAUGGUAGGUGCUUCGCUCCAGUGAGCCUCAGCAUCGUUCAUUCGUGUCUUUAUAGAAACACUCACACAUGCUGCAUGCCCUUUGGGGAAGGGCGUGUUGGUUUUAAAUGAAUAAAGUGUCACCAUCCGCUCUAGAGAAAGAGCCCCGGUGUGUUUCUUUUGUGAGCUUUGUCCUGCCAGAAACAGACCCUCCACAGCCUCUAGUCCCCACACUUCAAAAGAAGAUACACUGGAGCAUCUCAUUAAGAGGGGUUUAAAGUGCAAUUGCUGGGCUUCCCUGGUGGCGCAGCGGUUGAGAGUCUGCCUGCCGAGGCAGGGGACGUGG